GGGCUUCACCUUGAGCGACCCGCGCGAUGGACGGGUGGAGCCGUGCGCGCCCCGCCGGGAUUUCGGGGGCGGGAGCCUGUCCGAGCCGGCCGGCCGCUGGGGGCCGGGGCAGGCGGCGGCGGCCGGGCCUGGGCGCGUGCUCGGUGGCCGCAGGGGGCCCCCCGCGCGCAUGCGCCCCCGCACCGUCCUGCGGGAAGAGCGACCACCCCCCUCCCGGUGCCCGGUGGGAGGCGAGCUGGUUGCAGAAAGCCCUCGGCGGACCCUUGGCAGCACUGGGCAACUCCCAGUGCACAGAGCCACACAGGCUACACCUUGUUUCGUGGACUGUGAGCAAUCAAUGAUGCCCGGAAGCUGACAGACAUAAAUAUUCAGAAAUGUUUUGCCACCUGAGACCUGUGAAAAGGUUAUGUCUCGAGAAGAUCUUUCCAAAUUGGUUUCUCUACUCAAGAGCUUUAUCGGGAGCUGAGGCAGUCAAUGCUUUGAGACCAUUCUAUUUUGCAGUACAUCCAGAUUUCUUUGGACAGCACCCCAAAGAAAGGGAAAUCAAUGAAAAUUCUCUUAAGAGAUUAAGUGUCUACUUAGAAAAUAUCCAGAAACCAGGCAUCAAGUCUCUGAAACCAACUCAGCUCAUGUUUUAUGUCAGAGAAACAGACCAGAAUUCAUCGGAUGGCCAGGAAUCCUUUGGUGCUUCCGGAUUCCGAGCAGUCAAAUUUACUUUGCACACCAGAGAUCUGCUGAGCACAGUAUUAUAUAUUCUCAACUCCUGUAGCUUAUCUGUUGAACAUAUCCAGAGUUUGAACACCACCUCGCCCUCCCAAGCCCCCAAAGAGGCGAAGCGGGUGUCUGACAGGCCCAUCAAGUGGGACAAGUCUUACUACACUUUCACUGGAUUCAAGGAUCCUGAUGAAGACCUCGAGCAUGUGUCAAGAAUGGAAACCACCCUCACGUCGUGGUUAGAUAACAAUGGCAAAAGUGCCGUUAAAAAGCUGAAGAAUAGUCUGCCACUUAGAAAAGAACUAGACCGUUUAAAGGAUGAACUGUCUCACCAGUUACAACUCACAGACAUCAGGUGGCAGAGGAGCUGGGGCAUUGCCCACCGUUGCAGCCAACUCCACAGCUUGGGCCGCUUAGCACAGCAGAACUCAGAAGCACUCAGGAAUGCCAAAGGAUGUACGAUAAUAUUUACAGACCGUUCCGGCAUGAGUGCGGUGGGCCAUGUAAUGCUGGGAACAAUGGAUGUCCAUCAUCACUGGACGAAACUUUUUGAAAGAUUGCCAACUUACUUUGACCUUCAGAGGAGGCUGAUGCUGCUGGAAGACCAGAUCAGUCACCUUCUGGGCGGCAUCCAGGUGGUUUAUAUCGAAGAGCUGCAGCCAGUGUUGACGCUGGAGGAGUAUUACUCUCUCCUGGACGUGUUCUGUAGUCGGCUCUUGAAGAGCCGAGUCACUUCUCAUCCCCAAAGUCUGCGUGGCUUACAAAUGAUCCUUAACAGCGACAGAUAUGCUCCCAGCCUGCAUGAACUUGGGCAUUUCAACAUCCCAACCCUCUGUGACCCGGCAAACCUCCAGUGGUUUAUUCUCACCAAAGCCAAACAGGCAAGAGAGAACUUGAAAAGAAAAGAAGAGUUAAAGAUUAUGGAAAAGGAAUUGAUGCAGGCUUCCACAAAGAAAUUUUCUCUGGAAAAGUUCUAUAAGGAGCCCAGCGUCUCUAGCAAACAAAUGGUGGACUGUUGCAAGAGACUUCUAGAACAGUCACUGCCUUACCUACAAGGGAUGCACCUCUGCGUGUCGCAUUUCUACUCGGUGAUGCAGGACGGAGACCUCUGUAUCCCCUGGAAUUGGAAGAACGGAGAAGCCAUGAAGUAACCCAGAAAUCGGUAUUAUUGUUUAACCAGAUAAGGAACGGUUAAGCUUAUUUAAGUCCAGGAUUUGCGAUAACAGUAUUAUUUUACAUGUUUCAAGAACAGUUUGUAACUGCUGCUUUGAUGUUAACAAUUUUUUUUAAUUAAUUUCUGCUAUGAAAGUGGUUUUAAAAGGGUGCGCUCCCGAUUGGAACACUGGAUUGGCAAGACUAGGUAAAUCAGAUGUUAGCGUGAAUGAGAGGUUCUCCAGAGCUGAGUUGUCUAUUUUUAUAGAGUGAGUGACAGCCACUAAACAGGUCUCAGCCCGUAUACCUCAGAGGCCACGGGACUCAUCUCCACAGCUGACAUGCAAGGCCACACACAGCUUUCCCACUGCAUCUGGUGUAUCUGGACACGUGAGUAUUUUGCAGCCAGGCAGGACAGAUUUAAUGUUCCUAACAGAUGGCUGGUGACUAGCAACAUUUAGGUGACCAAAUUUUGCCUAAAGGAAAGGCUAUCUAAGGAACAUAGGGAUCGAUUGAGUAUCUGGUCUGGACAUUAUCACUGGCAGUCCGAGUCCAGUUGUUCAACCUCUCCAGUAACAGAGAAUGUAGUCUUACACCCCGAAGUUUUCCCACUCGUAAAGAUAGCCUGUUGGUAGCAGGAAGCCAAGAGAGUUUUUGAACUGAAAUCCAAACAGGACUUUGAAGUCGUUUGAUGGGGUCAUUCAUUCAUCCAAGGGUCUUGGCAAACAGGGCCCCCUGGCCGUGUCCGCACUCGUGCGAUCUCUGGCUCAUCUCAGACCUUGUCCUGCCACAGGGACUGGCCAGCGCCUCAGCACGACCCCUGCUCCAGAGCUGUGGGCGCCCCCAUGGCCACAGCACAGACCCCCGGACACAGGCCUGUCUCCCCCAGACAGAGCCUUCGGGUGAUAGUCUACACUGGACCAAACCGCGUCUGCCCCUUCUCAGGAGGGAAAGAGAAUACCAGGUUGAGACACUGUUUUUUGACGCUGCAGAAGAUGAGAAAGGAGAUUUUCCCACAGCUCGUUCGACGGGAAAAGAGAUGUUAAAAACGUUUCUUGAAGUAUGUUUUAAGUUGAUCUAAAACACUGAUUCUUUAAAAUUUCCAAACGUGUUCAAAAGUAUUAAUUUCUAAGUCUCCUUUACGAAUUUCAUCCCUUUUAAUGUCUACCUAACAACUGUACUGAAAGCAUUUUUUUAAAUGUAGCAAAUGGUGUUGUCUAUAAAGAUUUUUCCAGAGCCAAAUGAUGGGUUUAAGCAAUUCCAUAAAGGCCAUAUAAGAAAAUAUACUUGGAAAAUAAGAUUGGAUUAUGCCAUUUCUUGUAUCUACUAAUGUGGAAUUCUUAGUAGUAUUUUUUGAAGUGAACUUUGUCUCAGAGCUAUUUGUUAUGUAAUAAAUAAUAUAA